AUGGCCCCGAAGAAGACACUCAAACCUGUGCUCAAGCAGGGGCACCCGGUUGGCACGAAGUUCAAGACCCCCUUUCAGGCUUGCUUGGACUUGUUUGGCAAGAAGACGCCUUCACCUCCAGAGUUGUGGACUCACUUUGAGCCAUUCCAGGAGUUCCAACCCGAGGAUUUGGCGCGCCUCACGCUACGUGUCCGAGGAAGCCACGCCAUUGAUCUGCGUAAAGCUUUCUUUGUUGUGGGGCAUCUCAAC